AUGGCGGUUUGUGCUGCUGGUGCCUACAAUCCUGUGGUUGAUUGGAUUCAGGGCCCUUUGUUGGGAGAAGGGACCUACGCCCGUGUUUACAAGGCCACUCUCAGGUCGUCCCUCAUAGCCGUCAAAACCGAAAAGACAUCUCUUUCAGAAACACUCGGCAAUGAGUUCGACAUUUUGGUGCGUCUCUACGACUGUCCGCACGUGAUUCGGUGCCUCGGCUACCAGAGGACCUGGGAUUACGAGGGCGGCGGCCGGUUGGUUUCUUAUCUGCUGUUGGAGUAUGCAUCCGGCGGGUCUCUGCUCGACAGGAUUCAGAAAUACGCGGGAGGAGGCGGGCUUCCCGAAAUGGAGGUGAGGGCCCACACGAGGUCUAUCCUCAGAGGUCUCCGUCGCAUUCACGGCCUCGGCUACGUGCACUGCGAUUUGAAGCUCGAAAAUGUUCUGCUCGUGGCCCAAGACGACGACUACUUCACGGCCAAAAUAAGUGAUUUUGGGCUUUCGAAAGAGAGGGGGACGGUACCGUAUGCGAGUGGUACGCGUGCGUAUUUGUCGCCAGAGGCCGCGCUGUUCGGGGAGCAAGAGGAGCCUUGCGAUGUGUGGGCGCUCGGUUGUAUGGUGCUCGAGAUGUUGGUGGGGCGGGAGAAUGCGUUGGGAUCAGGGACAAAGGAGGAAAUUCUUGGCCGCGAGAUGAUUUCAGAGGAUGCAAGGGAUUUUGUCAAGUGUUGUUUCACGAGUGAUCCGGAUCGAAGGCCCACUGCCGACUCCCUGUUGCUGCAUUCCUUUGUCGACGAUUACGCCGAACGUCUCUUUUCAUCGGCUAACGCAAUUAGUGUUGAAGAUGCUGAGUAUGGUUUUAGUUUCCAUUUCGAUUUUGAUGAUGAUGACAAUUGA